GCAAAGUUCCUCCUCUCGGUUACCGAGAAGAAACGGACGAGAACCGUCUUGUUUCCCGUCGUUGUCCGUCGUGUAAAAUCGUGUUUUAUGCGCGUGGAGCCGCUGAACGAUGGCGUUCUUCGUGAAAAAGAAGAAAUUCAAGUUCCAGACUCAACUGACUCUGGAGGAGCUCACCGCGGUUCCUUUCGUCAACGGAGUUCUGUUCUGCAAGAUGCGGCUGCUGGACGGAGACUUCGCGGCUACUUCUUCCAGACAUGAGGUUCGUGAGAACUGUGUUCGCUGGAGGAAGAGGUUCACAUUCGUGUCCAAAAUGAGCGCCAACCCCCACACGGGAGUCCUGGACCCGUCAGUGUGCAGGGUGUCAGUGCGGAAGGAACUCAAAGGAGGAAAAGCAUACACGAAGCUGGGCUUCACAGACCUCAACAUGGCGGAGUUCGCUGGUUCCGGCUCCACCGUGCGCUGCUGUCUGCUGGAGGGUUACGACACCAAGAACACACGGCAGGACAACUCCAUCCUGAAGGUGAUCAUCGGGAUGACCCUGCUGUCUGGAGAUCCGUGUUUUAAAACGCCUGCCAGCACCGCGAAGUCCAUCUCCAUCCCGGGACGAGAGCACACCCUGCAGCUGGACUGUAAGGGGGAGGGGACGGCUGAGCCGGGGCCGACCGGAGGGGUUUCUCUGGGCCGAGCCUCCAAACCUCGACCCUCCAUCGUCAGCUCAGGUCUCCUUGAAGAAUCCGAAGUGAACCAGUACGGCGCUGCAGAACUCUUCCAGUCGGGCCACUCUCGUAACUCCAGCUACGCCAGCCAGCACAGCAAAAUCUCAGGCUACAGCACUGAGCACUCCUGCUCCUCCAGCCUGUCGGACCUCACACAUCGCAGGAACACCUCGACAGGAAGCAGCGCCUCCGGAGGCUUGUGUUUCGCCGCUGACACGCCUACAGACGGCGACAAGGACGCCGGACGUCCAGAAAGACCCCCGAGACCCCCGCGACCCGUCUUACCCUCCAACAGGCCCCCCAGGAGGAAGCUGGACUCAGUGGAGAGUCACCCCUGUUGGGUAAACGACACCCGCAUGGAUGCCGACGACAUCGUGGAGAAAAUCGUCCAAAGCCAGAACUUUGCAGACGUCAACAACACUGAAGACAGCAACCUGCGUCUGUUCGUCAGCAGAGACGGAACGACGGCGCUCAGCGGCAUCAGGCUGGGAAACAGGGUCUCUGCAGGCGGGUACGAGCCCGUGGUGAUAGAGAGCCAUUAAACCGGCGGACACGUCGACCGGAGGACGGACGGAUCGUCCUCGUCUUCUGUCUCGCUGCUGGUUUUUCCUGGAGCUUCAGCCGGUCUGACGCCGUGAGGGGAAAAACACCUCGUCAGUUUGCACUUUAUGUGAAGUGUGUCUGCACUCCGUUCAGCUGUUUGUUGAAGGCCGACGAGUGAAAUGCACAAAAAAACCCUGUUUCUCUGAUACUGCCUUGUUGUGUGUUUACCCAUCUAGAGUUUGGAUGUGGAUCUUUAUAGUCAUUUCAUUUGACCAGCUAAAGGGAUAGUCUGUCUGUUUAGAAGUGUGGUUGUGUGAGGUUCUUCUCCAUUGUCAGUGUUAUUUAUGCUCUUCAAAGACACCAGACUCCAUUCACAGAAACAGCAUUUUUACCUCACUGACCACAGGAGCUGCUGGUCUGACGCUGCCUCCAUCCGUCAGUUAGUUUGGUGAAUCUGAACAAACCCUUUAACACACCAAAGUCACACAAUAUCACAAACGAGCCGGCUGUAGACCAGCGACUCCCGUGUUCUGCGAGGUAAAAAUAAAGAUUCUGUGGAGUGUGAGACACUCUGACAGCAAGAUGAAGAGGUGAAGCUAAUGCUUCUUUUUCAAAUGCAGGUCACAGAUCUCUUGAACUUAUGUUAAGUGACGGCUGGAUGUUAUGCUGAAACUAACGGUGACUUUCCUCAUCGAUUUGAUCAAUAAGUUGAUCUAUAAUUGCUAAAUUGAGACUAUAAAAUGGUGAAAAAUAGUCCAGGUUAAUGCAGUCUGUUUCUGUAGUAAAACACUGACUAUGGAGAAGAACCUCAUACUGCCACACUUCAACACAUCACUACUGUGAUGAAGAUACAGACACCAAAAUCAUCAGAAAGUAUAACUUUCUGUUUUCUGACGAGGAACUGAAGCUGUUAUCUAUGUUCUCUCUUCAAAGCUACAAGAAGAGUCCUUUUACCCCACAGAACAUGUGAGUUUCUGGUCUACCGCUGCAUUGAUCGGUUAGUUUUGUGUUAUUCUUCUGAGAGAUUAAAUAACUUGUUUUGUCCGUGGAGUCUUUGGGCUUUGAAGAGAGCAUAGAUGUCAGCUUCAAACAAGAACCUUAUGUUAUCCUACUGGGACUCAUUGUAUACGUGUUGCUGGUUAGAGGGUUGUUUUAUAGCAAGGUUAAGUGGUGGAAAUAUUCUAAAUAUAGCGUGAACUUACACUGCUAUAGAUCUUUUCUUUUAGGUGUCUAACACGUUGUGCACGAUGCACUUUGGAUUCGUUAUAUUAUUUUAAACAGGUCUAUCAGACACAUAUCUGUUGCUGCAGAAGCAGGACUCUCACUGGGAUCAGCUCAUGUGUAAUGUUUUGAUUUAGAUUCAGCAGGGAAACGUUUAAACUUUCUAAAACGAGUCCCGACAGGAUGACGUCACUUCCUGUUUCAUGCAUCGCGCAACAAAAAGUCUGACGUGUAAAUUUGGAUCCUUUUACGUUGCACCGACAGGCAGCACAUCAAACACUGAAUGUGAUUCAAGAGUUUAGAAAAACCACUGAGCGUGAAGAUGCAAAAGGGUUUUUGUCUGUUUUUUGUUCCCUGUUGAUCGGUGGAACAGCAGUGGAACCACUUUGUGCCUGUAAAGCUUCUCUUGAAUGAUCCUAAAGCACCACGACGACUGUGAUAACAGAGUGCUGCUGACGGUGAGGAGAGAAAUACUGUUUCCUGUUUGUUGUUGUUCUGUUUGGUGUCAGUGUUUUUGUGAAGCCCCUCUGCACGUUGCUGCUCUGUUGCUCCAUGAAGGAUGACUUGUAUGAAGGUUGGUUCUCUCCUCUCUCCUCAGCCAACAAGAGUCAAAAGUAAACAUGACGUCAGCCGGAAGACACUAUUUCUGUGGUACAAACUGUUCUGCUUUUAUUUUGAAGGGUUUGUGCAGACUGUAGAGGUAUUUGCUGCCCCCUGGUGGAGCAACAAGGUUCGUGCACAUUUCUCACCCCUUUGGUGUUUACGAGGAUGUUUACCUCCAGUUUGUUUACAGCAGUCUUCAGAUGAACAAACACCAAAGAGGCAACGAAAAAGGACACGUUUUGGAUUUCAACUGUUGGCAACCAGCUGGCUGGUUGAUGCUUUUUUUUUUUUUUUUUGGUAAGUUUUAGACGCUUUUUGUUUGGAUUUUGAACUUUUAUCUUGUGCAGAGUCUUAAAAUCUUAUUUUUCUGUUUGUAAAAAAAGGUGAAACAAGUCUUGACUUUACUUGGAUGACUCAGACGUUAUGUGCCAUCAUCGGGCUGCUAUAAUGACUUUCCUCAUCAAUUUAAAUCUGUUUCAUUUGUUCAGUAAUCUCUAAAUUGGUUCAUCGUUAAGACUAUAAAGUGACAGAAAAUGGUGAAAAAUAGUCAAAGU